GAAAUGGGUGCAAUUUUACCUUAACUUCUGCGUUAAAUAAAUACAUUUUAGGCUCAGAUUAAGAAUACACACCUUGAAUUAACAAAUUAAAUAAUAUUUAUUUAGGAAAUUAUUAAUAAUGAAAGUAAAUACAUUUUCUUUCUUUAAAAAACGUGAAGGAAGAAAAACGGAUCAGGCACCUCCAAAGACAGCCAAGUUCCCGGAAGUGCAGACAGUGCGACUUUACUGGACAAGGAAUCGAUAUUUAUUUAGCUUCUUUUUCCAUCGAACUAACCUGACACCGCACUAUAUCCCCUUGGACACUGUGUUGUACCUCUUCAUAAUGCCUUUAUUUGCCCAAAACCCAUUUGAUCAAGAUGUGGAAAAGGCGACCAAUGAAACAAACACGACAGACGACUGGGGACUUAUUAUGGACAUCUGUGAUAGGAUUGGAACUGUGCCCAAUGGAGCCAAGGACAGCCUGAGGUCUAUCAUGAAGCGAGUCAACCAUAAAGUGCCUCAUGUUGCCAUGCAGGCGCUCAAUUUGCUGGGUGCCUGCGUGUCCAACUGUGGCAAAAUCUUCCACUUGGAGAUUUGCUCCAGAGAGUUUGCGAGUGAAGUGCGCAGCGUGCUGGGAAGGGCGCACCCCAAGGUGUGCGAGAAGCUGAAGGCGCUGUUGGUAGAGUGGGCCGAAGACUUCCAGAAGGAUCCUCAGCUCAGCUUGAUCAGCGCCACAAUCAAGUCGCUGAAAGAGGACGGCAUCAGCUUCCCGACUGUGUCCUCACAGGGAUCCAAUGUGAAGGUCAGCAGCGCUCCUGCCGUGAGCAAAGCAAUGGAUGACGAUGAUCUGGCCAAAGCCAUCGAGCUCUCCUUGCAAGAACAGAAGCAGCAGGCCGAAUCGCGCCCUCCGACGCUGACCGCCGAUUCCCCUAACUACGCUAACAGCGAAGGCAGCAGCACGACGCAGGAAGCGCGCAAAGUCCGAGCACUUUACGACUUUGAGGCGGCCGAGGACAACGAGCUCACUUUCAAAGCCGGAGAGCUCAUCCUGGUUUUGGAUGACAGUGAUCCAAACUGGUGGAAAGGCGAGAACCAUCGUGGCGUUGGUCUCUUCCCGUCCAAUUUUGUCACCACAAACCUGAACACUGAACCAGAAACAGUGCAAACAGUGGAGAAAGUGGUCAGUGCAGAGGAGUCGAUCGUCGAACCCAAAAUUGAGCCUGAGCCCAUUUUCAUUGAUGAGGGGAAGAUGGACAAAACGUUGGCACUGCUGCAGAACACCGAUCCUGCAGAUCCAAAUCUAAACUCAUCCGAGCUGAUGCAGCUGGAAGGCGCGUGCGAGCAGAUGAACCCCAUGAUUGACGAUAAGCUGCAAGAGAUUGACAGGAAGCACUCAGAGUUGUCGGAGCUCAACGUGAAGGUUCUGGAAGCUCUAGAGCUUUAUAACAAGCUUAUGAAUGAGGCGCCACUCUACCAGUCCUACUCUAAAAUGGCCCAGUUUGGAACUACGCCCCCACCAGCUACCAUGCAGGGUUACCAUGGCCAAGUCGCCGCCGGUGCAGCUGGCUACCUACCCCCUGCUGUACCUCAGCCACCAGCCUACAGUAUGCCCAGCGACCAGCCUGGAGCACUGCAUUCUCUGCCCAACAACAGCCAAGCUGGACUUCCGACAUACAUGAGCAACCUUGGCUCGCAUCCUCAUCACUACAUCAACCCGGCAGCCGGUGGCACCGGUUACCCCCAGAUGCCAGUGGACAUGUCAGCCUACAUGAACACCACCAUGCCGCCCGGGUCCUACCCUCCUCUCCCUCCUUCCACCGCCGCCCCGCAGCAACACCACCAACAAGGGGCGUAUUACCAGAAGCCCCUCCUCUAAACAAAAUAGUACUUUGCACCUGUAUGUGUGUGUGUGUGUUUGUGUGUAAGUGCAUGUGUCCCAGUCUACAUGACGACUACUUCUUCUGUGAAACGUCCCUGAAGCAAGAACGGACACACCCUUUCCCCGCCCUCAUUUUGUCUUUUAAUACCAAACUGAUAGUUUUAUUCUUUGACGUGAAUGCGCGCAAAGGCCACCUGCGUGUUUUCAAGUACAUGAGCCCUGUUGACACUGCUUUUUUCUCAUCAUCACGUGUGCCCUGCCAGACAAAUCUGUUGGCAGUAGAGAGAAAAAAAGGGUUCUUCCUAUGAAGAGUUCGUCAACUAUGAUGGAGUAUUAAGGCCAAUCAAACGGGAUAAAGUCGAAUUAUUACAGGAAUAAAGUCGUACAUUACAAUACUACGAGAAAUAAGUUGCAAUAUUAUGAGAAAAAAGUUGAAAUAUUACCAGAAUAUAGUCGUUUGGAGUAUGAUUACCAGAAAAAGUUGUAAUAUUACAUUUAAGUCAUAAUAUUACUUUUUUCUUCAUAAUAUUACGACUUUAAUCUCGUAAUAUUACAAUUUAUGACUUAAUACUUAUAAUACGGCAACUUUUUUCUCACUUCAACAUGUUUUUAUUCACUUAGUAUUACAAUUUUAUUCUUGUAGUUCCAUUUUUUUUGUUCUUUGUUUGGCCCUAAUACUCAGAUUGCAGAUUUCAACAUAAAUUGGUAUAAGAAGUUACUUUAUUGCUGCUGACGUGAAGUCUGUUGAAGUUGAACUGCAAGUUUUCACUCCUCAAAAGCCCCUCUCACACUGCUGUCUGUUAAAAUGAGGUUUCAAAAGCCCUUUUCAUGCCUGUUUGUGUUAGAUUUUUUUGUGUUAGGUAGCAACACAGCAUUCUAGCUUUUAGAUGAACUCUUUUCAUUCAGCAUUUCCAGAAAAUGGAAAGAACUUUUGACAACCAACGUCUCCCUCCGUUUUUCAUCCAUGUCAAUCGUCAACAUUUCCAGCAUCCAUUUCCUACAUCUUUUUUGUGACCCCGUGAUGUAUAUUUUCAAUGUACAGUCGCACCUUAGCUUUGUAUUUACCACUGGAGGCCUUGUCCACCUGCGUAUCGACGAUGCCAGCGUCACACAGGUGUGCUGCUACUGCGCUUGUGUAUUAUAAAGAAGCAUAAUAAUGAUAAUAAAUGUAUAUAUUCCAGCAAAGUGCUCUUUUACCCUUUUGUAACUUGAUGUUCUUUCAGAAAAUAAAAAAAUACAACAAACUGGAGUACGUAUG